GUGCUAACAUAGCCAUCUAUCCACAAUCCUCCAAACAACCCAUGAAAGCAAAACAGCUACUAGUUGUUCAGCGUCACAAGAUUUGGCAAACUGUUUUUGCACAAAAAUGAUAACAACUGCCCAGUUCAUUUCCUGUGCCAAGCCUCCAAACCCUCCCAAUUCUUCAAUUUCUCCUUCUUUACCGCCAAAACCCUCUCUUGCUUCAUAUCAUUCUCUCACUUUUCUAGGUUUUAACAGCCUGCCCACCAAACCCCCUUGUACCAGGAUUAAAGGUAGGUCACAGAGGGUCAAUCUUGGAACAAAUGCUUCUGGAGUAGAAAGUCCUUCCACAACUGAUACAGAAAGAUGGCUUCUUGAACCUGUAGGUGAUGGAGACACAAAGCAUAUUGGUUUUAAAGUUGCAAUGCCAAAUGCAUUUGAAAUAGCUUCUAGCGUGGUGACCGUCGGACGUGUCCCCGAGAAAGCAGAUAUGGUAAUUCCUGUUGCAACAGUAUCUGGUCUGCAUGCUCGCAUUCAGAAGCAAAAAGGGAUUCUUUUGGUGACAGAUUUGGACAGCACAAAUGGUACAUAUAUUGACGAAAGGCGGCUACGACCUGGUGCUGUUGCCCCUGUAACACCUGGAAGUGUUAUUACAUUUGGUGAUACCCAUCUUGCCAUGUUCCGAGUCUCAAAGCUUGAAAAUGUGGAAGUUUCCGACGAAUCAGAGGACUCCGAGGCCAAACCAGAGACAGAAGACCCCAGUGACAAUUGAGAGACAAGAAGUUGAAAUUUGGGGUCUUUUUUGUGGACAACACAGUUAAUAAAUGAAUCAAUGCAUAUAUUCUACAAGGAAAUUUAGUAUUACUAGAGUGCCAGUUAAUCUUCUAAGAGUGCUAUGCAGAUGAGCCAAAGCACACAUUUUGCAUCAUGUUCAAAACUUAGUUUACAAGAAAAUAAAAAGAGUGGAAAAUAGAAGAAUAAUUUGUGAAAUACUUUAAAAGUGAAAUAUCUAUUCGACAGUUGGGAUCAUGUUAGACAGGCCUAUUGAUCUGUUCUUAAGUCACAAUUAUUCUAAAGUAGUGUCGUUUUUUCUCG